AUGCUAAAACUUGCCCGCCAAGCAUUAGUUGGGCGGUUAGCUUUGGUUGGGUCUCACAAGGUGAUCGGAACGUCAUCCUCGGAAUCCUGGAAAGUUCUAGGCAAUAGAGACAUCAUAUUCAUAUACACGAAAAGGACCCAUUCUUCUAAAUUUUUCACAAA